GUCCAGUACUCACGAUCGUUCAUGUCGUCCAGGCGAGGAGACUCGGGAUCAUGAUCCCGCUCAACUCCCCAUCCACGGAACUCCUCGGCAGCCUGUGGAGAAACAGGAUGUGAUCUGUAAGCGGGGGCUGUUUCUUUUUUCUUCAUUUGCAUUGCCCUCAACCUCAGGGAUUGUUACGGGAGGAUGAGUGUGAAGAGGAAGAAGGCUGGGCUUGUCAUCAGCUGGCAGAAGUCCUUCUCCCUCCUGGCUCCUUGGAGGAAAGGGAAAGGAGACAGAGACGCGGUUCUGGACAGAGAGGUUGUUCUGACCAAAAUGAAGCUCUUCAGCAACUUCCACAAGAUGCUCCCGAUGGCCGACGACUCGGCCUCCACCAUCUCAACUGUGUCGGUUUCGGAGCAGGACAUCGGUGACCCCACCAAAGCUUCUGAAGUACACAAGCCUGAGUCUGGCUCAGAGCACAUGUCGGUCAUUUUCUCAGACUCUCAACUGACGAGGCUGUACAAGUUUGAGUCGGAGGACUCUGGAGUGGAGCUGCCCAGCGGCACCAACUCUCCGUCCACCCUGACGAGCUCUGAGCAGAGCUUCAUCGUCCACAGUCGAGAGUCCUCCUGCAACCUCAACUCUGACCCUGGCACUCUCCCUGAUGAACUAGUCCCAUUCACACAGCUCUCUGAGAUUAAACAGGCACUGGACUCAGUGAGUCCACCAGUGGAUACUCUGGAUAAUGUUUUUAUACACUCAGACGAGCUCAGUUCAGCCGCAGGUGAGGAGGUGGACGGAGACCAGAGCGGGGGGACAGGAAUCCGCCCUGAAAGAGAUGAGGAGAUGCCAGGACAGCUUGAGGAAACCUGUGCUGUAACUGAAAGGACCUGCUUUAAGGGGGACAGCAUCGACACGGCGGCCAGCGGCUUUGGGCCGGAGCCUCCCAGGAGGAGGAGUGACACCAGCGACAGCCUGGAGGAGUACAUGGACCAAUGCUGCAGGCUGAGUGAGGCACAGCAGGCGAGCUGCCACCCUCUGGGCUCAGGCCUGGAUUACCUGGAUCACAUCUGCCAACUCAUCGCGAGGAUUGGCCAGCUGCAGGAAAACAACCUUCAGCUGGAGCGGCAGAUCUGCAGCCUUCAGAAGGACGGCAGGAUGGCAAAGACCAAAGAGGACUUUUUCCAGCAUCACUGCAGCUGUGGAGCAGCCUGCCUGACUUUCCAGGACAUUCCGAAGAGACAGUCCAGAAGUGAUUUCUCGUCCCUCAGUGGAACCCUCUCUGACCUGUCCACCAUCCAUGAGGUCUCCCGGCCUUCACUCUUACCAGCCAGAGGAGACAUGAGCAGUGCGGGUUUGACACCCGUCCCGCUGUGGAGGACAAGCUUGUACCGAAGGAGUUACACUGAGGGGGAAGUGCCCUUCCUCGGCUACAGCACCGAACAGCGCAGGCCGAGUGAAAACUACACAUGGGGAAGAGUCAAAGACCUGGUGAGGAAAACUAAGGUGAAGAACCAAAGCAGGCUGCGACUGACUUCUGCCUCCCUGAAGAGGUCCUGCCCACAACUCUACAUGCCUGACGUGGAACCAUUCGAACCUGCUUGCAGCAACAGGAACUCCAUGAUAGCCUUGGGCCACCACAGCAAACUGGACAUCCCUUGGCUGCAAUAAACAUUAAGGAAGAACAGACGAAGAGUGGCAUACGCAUCCGUUCUGGGAGAAUAACCAUCAUGCAUAAUCAAGCAAUCCUCAAGUAAAAUAUAGGGGGGUGGGCUCCAGGGGAGACAAAGACUACAGAAGAGAUGGGACACAUUCUGGUGAUUUUUUUCAAACAACCACUACAUGGCGCUGCUGCGGCAUUGCUGCCAUUUUUGGACUAAAAAACCCAAUGAGUCUGUGGCCAUGGAUGUAUUAAGACAUCUGUCAAUCACAGGAUAAUGUCUUUAGGCAAGUCAACCUCCCAGUACAAGCCUAAAAGCCUUUGUGGCCUAAAGGUUUUACAUAAUGACAGUUAAUAAGUUAAUGAAUGUACUGUACAUGUAACAUGAUCCACACUGUGACUUUAUUUCCCUGCAUUGUGCCUUCUAUGGAGAUAUUCCUUACACUUCUAUAGGAUGUUACAUGAUCUGUAACCAUCUAACAAAUGUGAAACAUUUCAUAACUCCCAUAUGAAUAGUUGAUAGGAAUGAGUGGCUUGCUUAGUGAAAUGGUAUAUCUUCUCCGAAACUCUGUUAUCAUCUAUUCAAGAUGUGGGAUUCCUGAGUCAUAGCAACAGUCAAAAAAAGAAUAGGACUACAAAAUAUUACUCAUGUUCUCAUGAAUGGCCAAGUGUACAGAAGCCUUAAAGGUCCACUUUGUGUCCCUGAUGGAUGUCACCACAGGAAAAAGACAUGCAAAUGUUCAUGCUUCUCAAUAUUAGAUAAUCAACAGGACAGCUUUGUUGGAGCUAAAUUAAAACACUCUUGGAUGGGAGCUUUUCAUUGGCUUAUGGGACACUCAAUAGACCCAUAAGCCAUAAUGUUCUCCACACAAUGUUUGCUCACUGGACAAACACAUUUCAAUAAUACUAUAAGUACAUUUCUUUCCUCUAGUGUACAGACAUCAGCUCUCGCUCGCUAUCCAGCAAAUGCUCCUAUCAGGUGUUCUCAGAACUUAUGAGCCGUGGUUCUUGCUGCUUUUCUCCUGACUGACUGAGGUCAGGGUCCUUCUGGAUGACCUCAAAGUUUAAACAUUGCAGUUCAUGCAAUUCAAUGUUUGCCUCAGUUCUUGCUGCUCUAAGGAAGUGUGUACCCAUUGGAAGUGUGUACCCAUUGGCCUACACUUGUACUGAAGAAUGGGCCUUAGAUUCAGUCUGAACCCACAGCAUAUAAAUAUAUAUAUUGUAACAGCAUGUUCUAAUUCCAACAUCAUACUUGUUCCAUUAUAUUUUUGGAUAUUAUGAUACCACAGGAUCCUUCUUUACUGCAUGCUAUUGUACUCCAAAAAGGGAAAACAGUGCUUUUAUUAUCUAACUGUAAGUAAACUAGUGCAUUUAAAUAGAAUUUUGUGAGACAAGAACUUUUUUAAAUAAAUUAUAUAAGAGGUUUAUCUGCAUGGCAUCAGACAACUAUAUAUGUAUUUUAUGUUGCUGUAUGGAUAUUGCAUUCAUAUUCAUAUUUGUAUUUUUUAAUAAAAAUUAAAUGAAAAAAUAUACUCAUGUGUGAUAGGAUUUUGUUUACAAAUUUGAUUCAACUAAAGAAAGAAGAAAAGAGGCACACUGAAAUGAAGGGUCAAAGGUCGCAGCCAUAUUGGUUUUCAGUCAGGAUUUCGAGUGCAUCAUAGCACAGAAACGGCACUGGUGAAAAUUACAAAUGAUCUUCUACUUGCAUCGGACCAAGGACUUGUCUCUUUUCUUGUCUUGCUGGACCUCAGUGCUGCAUUUGGGUUUCGGGACAGAGGAUGUUGCAUGUGUACAGACUGUAAAGCCCUCUGAGGCAAAUUUGUAAUUUGCGAUGUUGGGCUAUACAAAAUAAAAUGAAUUGAAUUGAAUUGGCCAUACAACACAUUGAAGGCAGUGAGUUCAAUCAUUUUUCCUCCACCAAUUGACCCAGUAUAGAGAACAGGG